CCUCAUAUAAAAUGAGAUGGAGGGAGUAUUAGACAAUGAAUUGAGCAACAAGACAAUGUGAUACUUCAUGUGCUAUUGUCAAUAAACAGUGCAAACCGUGUCAAUCUUUCAUAUUUUUGACUUCUUUUCUCUUAUAGUUUUUAUAUAAGUGGACACAAAGCUUGCAUCUGGGUAUGUUUUAUUCCUAGAAAUCAUCAUAAGCUACCAGCAAUAUUUAUGGAUUUGAUUCUUAAAGAUCCUUUGUUCCCUAUAGGAAAAUAUAUGUAGGACCUAUUGAACUUAAUCUUAUAUGAGCUAAACCAAUUAAUCAUGUCAACUAGUGGAAGGCAUGACCAUGUGAUGCCCAAUCCAAAUGGCUCUUCAUCACAUAUCAUGAGAUUUUAUGACUUCUCAUCACUUCUUAAAAAUUCUGUAAUGAAUCAUGCUUCUUUCCAAGUUUCAAAAAAGGUAGGGCCUAUUGUUCUUCAACUAAUACCACAAAGUUUUCAAUACUUGGAAGGCAAGAGCAUGUGAUACCUCAGUGCCAUUGUCUUCUGAUGGUGCCCACAAAUUCCUAUUCAAUACAACAUCAGCAUGAGUUGCCAUUUCCUAUAUAAACAUAUCCAAAGAGGUAUCUACCACCACAACACUCAGCAAACAUCAAAGCUUUCUCUGCUUUUGAGUUCCCUUACAGUCCUUUUUUUCUCAUCUAUACUAAAACUAAGAGAUCAUGGCUAUUCUCCGUAUGAUCAAGAAGUCUUCCACAACUAGAGAUAUUCCUAAGGGUCAUUUUGCUGUGUAUGUUGGAGAGAUGCAGAAAAAGAGAUUUGUGAUCCCCAUAUCAUUCUUGAGUGAACCUUUGUUUCAAGACUUGCUUAGUCAAGCUGAGGAAGAAUUUGGCUUCGACCAUCCAAUGGGUGGUGUGACUAUUCCCUGCAGUGAGGAUUUGUUCACCGAUCUCACAUCUCGAUUGAGGAAGUGAGAAGGAAACUUGUCCCCAUAUUUUUUGUUACACAAUUUUGUAUAGUUGUAGUAAGCCAGGAACUCCACUGUGUACAGUUGAGAGUUAGAAGAAACACUAGGUAGACUAAGGACACAUCUACUUCAAAAGAAAUUGAAGUAAUGAAACUUUUUACUUCCAUACAUUGAUGUAAUCAAUUCAUUGCAAUAGAAUUUUUUUGCUCAA